GAGCUCGGUGGAGAACCGAGAGCUCCGUCUUCACUGUCGACGCAGCUGGCAGUGGGGCUGUCUCCGGAAGGUGGACCGGCGAACGCCCAGUGCCCGCACUCGGCCGCCUGCGUCCCUGCCCGCCGCGCCUGUCUGCGCCCGUGACAUCCUUACUUGGGACGCAGUGACCGUUUUUAAAUCACAAGGGCGUGGGUCAGCCUCCCCUAGGACUUCAUGUCUGUUUAUUUCCCCAUUCACUGCCCUGACUAUCUGAGAUCAGCCGAGAUGACUGAGGUGAUGAUGAACACCCCAUCCAUGGAGGAGAUUGGCCUCAACCCCCGAAAGGAUGGCCUUUCCUAUCAGAUCUUCCCCGACCCGUCAGACUUCGACCGCUGCUGCAAACUGAAGGACCGCCUCCCCUCCAUUGUGGUGGAACCCACAGAGGGGGAGGUGGAGAGCGGGGAGCUCCGGUGGCCCCCUGAGGAGUUCUUGGUCCAGGAGGAUGAGCAGGACAACUGUGAAGAGACGGUGAAAGAGAGCAAGGAGCAGUAGAGUCCCCGCCAAUUCCCACGGGGUCGUGCCAGACAGCAUCUGUACCUGAACUGUUCUUUCCCAUUAUGAUGGAAGAAGAGAGUGAGCCACAAUAGUUCUGAAAAUGUCAAACGAUGGCUUCCGUUUUGCACCUGCAAAUCACUGAGUUGAUUUUCUUUUCUUUUCUUUUCUUUUUUUGAAAUGUGUCGGGCAGUGGAGCCCUCUGCGACAAUUUGCAAGGCCUUCUGAGAAAGGAAGCUGCUUAGAGCAGGGGUGGGGGAUGUGGGGAAGUGGGUGCGCCUGUGAGAUCAUUAUCUGAACUCAAGCAGGCUAGAGGCCGAGGUGGGAUUCCAGUGGGCUCUGGGGGCGGGGGGCAUAGGGGCUGUGCACAGCGAGCGAGGAACAUUUGGGGUAAGAAAACAAACACGAGACGAAAGAGAAAAUGCACGUUUUAAAGAAGACAUUGAGCAGAGAAGUACAGCCAGGAAGUAUCCAGUGAGCCUUCUCUCUGGCUGCUGGGGUAUCAGAAAACAGAGUCUUCAUCUCUUUCUGGUUUCGCCCACUGCUGCCUUUGCUUUUUUUCUGGUGUGUUGAUACCGGGAGGCAGGUAAAGGAGAGCCAUGGAAACUGGCUGCCUGCAAAGCCAGCUGGAGGUGAUGCGCAGGAGAGAAAAAGGUCUCCCUUUUCCUUCUCUGCCGACCCUGUGCUCCCGCUGUGGCGUGUUCACGGACCCGCGGUAACCGGGAGGGUUUUAGGAGCCAGGGCUUUUGAGCUUCUCUCCCCUGAUUUAUCUUUUUUGCUCCCUGGCCCUUUUGGAGUAGUGAGAACACUUCCCACCCUGGUUGCUGCCCCUGAAGUGGACACUUGCACGUGAAGGGCCCUCCCCAACUGCUCCCCAGACUUGCCCCAGUCUGAGUGGAAGUGCAGAGCAGGUGGGCUCUCCCAGGCUGCUCGCUCCUUCUCCUACCGCCACCCUGCCUGGUCCCUGGCCACGGCAGUCAGGCAGAGGUGGUUCCCAGAGUGCUGUGGGUUCCAGCCAGCCUGAACGCCACACCCCUGUGGGCGCGUGGCCUGUUUUUCUGGUGGGAGCUGAGUGGCGAGCAGAGGCGGCUUUUUCUGCUUAUUGUUGGGGAGGUGAGCUUUAACGCAGGUGCCGAGAGCUGGCUAAGCUGGGAAUUUUGGAUGCGGGUGAUGAGGCUCUUGUAUUGCAGCCUGGGGAUCGAAGUCUGAAACCAAAGGGUGUCCUGAGAGCCCUGGCUUCUCCCCAUGUUGUUCCUGGAUGCCAGUGGGAAGACGGUGUGAUGAGGGAGCACUGAACAGUGGUCCUCACCCCUCCCCACCUCCCACCUGUCCACUGCAAGGGCUGUUGUAUGAGAAAGCUAGCCUUGGACUUAGAGCUUCUUGUCAUAGUUAGGGACCAUGUGGUGCAGCAGGUUGCAGGACACACUUCAAACCGGCUCCAUCUCAGAGCAGGACUGAGUGGCCAAGAGGUGGGCUCAAGAGCCUCCCUGGAGCCAAGGCACCGACCAUGUCCCCUCAGGUGUCCAGUUGGUCCAGGUUGACCCCGGUUUUGAAUUUGAGUGUAGAGAUGUAUUUAAUACCUCAAGGUCAGUGUGGCUCUGGGCAGUGUUGAGGCAGGAAGACAAAAGAUGAAGGUGUGCUGUUGCCGGUCAGCAGGAUUUGGUCCCGGGGAGCCGAUGCUCACCCCAGCCCCCUGCUCCCUCCCUCUGUGUUGUUUGCUUGUGUUACACACCAAUGGCAAUAACUUCUUCCAGCUCCUUGUGGAAGGCGGAGAGGCCUGCAGCCUGCACUGUGGGGUUUCUCUCUCAUGCGCGCUCUCCCUUUCCUUCUGUUUUGGCUGCAGAGUCUCCUCGCUCUCCUUCCCCACAGCUGCAUUCUCAUCCCACCUCCCUUUGUGGAUGGGGUCUUGCCUUUUAAAAUCCCGUGUUUCUGUGUCCCCCUCUCAUCUGCUCCUCUCUAUCAUCUGUCCUGGUCUUGCCGUGUGAUGGGAACGUGCUUGUAAACUGCAUAACAAAUCUACUUUGUGUAUAUGUGUGUUUAUGGAGGUGGUUUAUUAUUUUUGCUGGUCGCUAGACCCCUUUGUAUGACCAUUUGGAGUCUGAGUGGGCCAGAGGCUGACAGCUGAAGUCAGAACCCUCAGCGGUGAGCCUGUUGGGGGAACCCAGCCACUCUUGGAUAAAUGGCUGAGCUCCUGUCUGGCCUCCUCUAUUUUUUUUUUUUUUUAAGUAACGUGUGUAUUUCUAACUGAUCGUAUUGAAAAAAAACCCCUAGUAUUUCAGUAAAAAUGCCUGUUGUAAGAUGAACCUCCUGUAACUUCUAUCUGUUCUUUUUUGAGGCUCAGGGAGAAACUAGCAUUUUUUUUUUUUUCCAAACUACUUUUUGUCACUGUGACAGUUGUAAAUAAAGUUUGAAAAUGCUUUCCA